AUGAAAACGAGAUCACCUUCGUCGCGGGGAUCGGUGAUAGACAUCCUUGCGUGGAUCAUUCUGCUGGUGACUUUGGUCUUUUUUGUGCUGACACCGAUUCUGCUAAAUAAACAAGUCCCAUCACUGGUUGCCCUAUCCGAUGACCAAACCACGGACGCAGGGGUCGUCAAGUUCCGCUUGAUCAGAAAGGACGACAACAAUAGCACUUCUAGCAGCUCCAGUGACUUCGGCGACAGCAGCUCCACUGACUCCACAUUUUUUGACACUUCCGAUGAUGAGCCGACUUCGUCAUUCUCUUCGUUCUCGUCGUCGUCUUCCUCAUUGACAUCGCUCACGACCCUUUUGACCAGCUUCUCUGAGGAGUCCAGCAGCACACAGAGCUCAAGCAACGAGCCAUCCACCUCCCAGUCAUCGACGAUCUCGAGUACUGUUUCCAGCUCAUACACGUCUGAUACAUCCAACAGUCAAACAACCAUCCGGAUCACACAAACUUCGUUGGCGGCAUCUUCCCCGACAAUAUCAUCUUCUUCGAGCUCCUCCUCAUCCUCGGGCUCAGAGGGUGAACAGUCGUCUUCGGAUCAGAGUACCCAGAACGAGUCGUCAUCCGGUACCGAGUCUUCCUCCACUUCAGAUACCCAGCCAUCGUCCACAGCAUCAAGCUCGUACUCGCAAUCGGCCUCGAGCUCUGCAAAUACAUCAAGCUCUGAGUCAACUACAGAGUCCUCAUCGCCAACUACGUCGUCUGAAGAAGCUUCCUCCACAACCUCAGCUUCCUCUCAAACCUCGGAAGUCUCCGCGUCGUCAUCUACGUCCGAGUCGUCUUCGUCCACGCCUGUCAGGGCCUCGUCGUCGCCGUCAUCCUCAGUGAAUGAAAACUCAGAUCAGUCUUCGGGUGGUCUUUCGUCGAAGAACAAAAAAAUCGUGAUCGGAGUGGUCGUUGGGCUUGGUGUGCCGCUGCUACUGCUGCUCUUGUUUGCGCUGUUUCUCAUCUACAAGAAACGGAAGCCGAAGACCGACUACUAUGUUGACUCCAACGGCCGUAUGGUGGGCCUGAUGGAAAGCGGCUGGCUCUCGAAGCUGGCGUUUUGGAAUAGAGACAAAAACGGCGGCGAUUUCGGCGAAGACGACGAUGAGGACCUGAGCGGCUUCAACAAAAAUUCGACAGGAGAGACGGGAUUUGUGGUGAAUAGAGCCAAAACUGUGAGACACACCAAUCCGGGUACCACUUUUUAA